UCAACCACCAGUCUUUUCGUCCGCGAUUGGCACGAAAAUAUGGAAGCAAAUCCAGAUUUUCCCGGGUCUUCGAGGGACAGCAAAGCAGAAUACAUACUUAGUAAUGUCGCAGAGGUGGUUGAGCGAAUAUUAACAUUUGUGCCAACGAAAUCGCUUCUCCGGAUCGCAAGUGUAUGCAGGUUGUGGAGGAACUGUGCACGCCGAGUGCUGCGGACUCAGCAGAAGUUAACUUGGGUCUCAGCCUGUGGCCCAUCCAAUACAGAGGUCCAUGCUCUUUGCCGUAGCCUGGCUGAGGAAGUGGAGAAGGUGUUCCUCUUGCCUAAAACAGUUCUGGCCAUGGUGGACUAUGAAGCCUUUAAUGGCCGCUCAUACUGCUACAGACAAAGUAAAGCAAAAAGGAGCCGCCACAGUCCAGACACAGUUGAAGAACUGAACCUCCUCUUCCCCAAAGGCUGUGACAUCAUAGGCAUUUCCACACCAGGCAUAGUCUUGACUCCCAGUGGCUCUUACUCCAGCCCUCCCCAGGAGCACCAGGAGGGAGAGGCAGGAUAUGCCAUCAUGUUUCCCAGCAUGGACGGUGUCCACAUCAGGUCAUUCCAUUUCUGCAAGAAGACCAUCUCUCAAUCAGCCCUGGAGGAAGCAGGACUAGUUGAUAACCCUGAGCUUCGUGUGGUGCUGCUGUUUGUCUAUGAAGUCCGCACAUCUGGAGCUGCACGUUUCCUCAACCAAGUGCUUGAGCCUUUAGCCAAAAGCAAAGCUCUCAUUGCUGGGGGACUUAUAGAAAGUGUCUUCUCUCCUCCGAGACAGUGCUGUGGCCAGGGCGCAUAUGGUGUUGUGGGACUCGCCCUAAGUGGCCCCAGAGUCCAGGGGGCCUCAGUGCUGCUCGAUCAGGACGUCGGUAGCCCCAAGGCAGCUGAGGCCACCAUCCACCGACUAAAGGCAGCCAAACUUCCAGAGCGCAACACCUUAGGCUUUAUGUUUGCCUGCGUGGGGAGAGGCCAGAGCUACUACAACAACCAGAGCAAUGUGGAGGCUGACGCCUUCCACAAAGUGUUCCCAAACACGCCGCUCUUUGGCCUGUUUGGAAAUGGCGAGAUUGGCUGUGAUCGUAUAGUGAAAGAGGACUACACACUAUGCGACGCAGACACAGACAGUCUGCAGCAUGAGUACACCACAGUCAUGACCCUGGUCCAUCUAGGUUGAAAGGCAGUCAGAUUCACCGGACAGAGUUACAGACAGUGCGCCUAUCAGGAACUGCAAACAACAGUACAGUUCUCGUAUUACUUGCACAACUUAUAACAUGACUGAGUCAUUACUGUUCUUGAGAAAACAAAAUCAUCUUUGGAGCCAUCUUUGUAUUGGCAACAUUAUGGAAGUCAUGCAAGGAAUCACUUGGGGACUGCGUAAACAUGAUUUUGCCUAAAACGUGAUGUGUUCUCACUACAACAUUCAGAUAGAAUGCUGUGAAGAUGAAACCGAUCAUCUCUUUUGUCCUACCUUCAUAUGUAAUAUAGCAUUCUCACAUUGUAUAUAUGUAUAUAUUUCCCCCUAAUUUAGGCACACUUUCAAGUAAUAUCUUACUUUCAAAGGUUAACCUCAUUGUCUCUUUGCUUCAUGGUUGAGUAAAUUAUAACAAGUGUGUAUCAAGCUGUUGUAAUAAUUGUUGAUUCAGACAAGGCACUUUUUUAUUCAAGUCAGUAAGGACAUAAUUUUCCUCUUUCAAAGAAAAGGCAGUCUUAAUUUGUUAUUUUUCCCAGUUCAGUAAGCCUUUGUGUUUUACCAGUGGCAAAACCAUAACGUAUGCCUACCCUGUUACAGCUGACAUGUGUGCAAUGGCCACAAGUGAGCAAAGGGAUUUCACUCAGAAUCUUAUAGUGCCUCUUUAUUUGUCUGCAUGUUGGAUAUUUCCCACUGUUUGCAGUUGCUAACUGACUGGUUUAUUGGUCUCUAUUACUUAAAGGGAAAAAAAAACCCUUCCCAAAACAUUGUGUUUUAGGAAGGUUUUGUGUUCAUUUUAAUGAUCAUAGGUAGUUUAUUCAGUUUUUUUCCCCCAACAUUUUUUGAAUCCCUAAAAUGAGACCAGACAACACAUCCAUGAUGUAAUCAUGGAACGUUGCAGUUUCAGUAACAGUGAACACAAAACACGUUAAAAAUUCUGGACCAAUUAAAAAUUUACUGUCCUGUUUCAGGCUUUAGCAGAGUCAUUCAUGUUUUCAUUAAAAGCGGACUGUGUUAAGGUUUUACGGGAAAACAUGAAAUGUUUCUGCGUCCCUCGGAGUACUGUGACAAAUGAAAAUGUGCUACAGGACCCAUGUUAUCACAGUUUUGGGGUAAGUGUUACAAUUCAAAUAUUUUUGCCAACAUUUUCAAUUGUAAAUCGCUAUUUUGAAAUCCUGUAAUUUCUGUGACUUAACUUUCAUUUUGCACAUCUGUAAUCCUGUUCAAAUCUAAGGUUAAGAGUUGGCUUUGUUUUAUGCAACAGUUUGCAGGCAUUGGUUGUCAUAUCCUGAUGCUUUGCUUUUCACUUACUCACUGUGGAAAACAUCCCAAGGAGAUGUUACCAGUAAACAGCGUUGUUAAGUGAUUUUUUUUUUAAAUUUCCUUUCUAUCUUUGAAGUUGCUGGCCCGAGGUACAGCUUUUCACCUUCUGCAACUAUAGUAGUUGCAAGACUAUAGUUUUGUUCUAGUCAGUUCAUUUGUAGAACUUUGUUCAAUUGGUACUUGGCAUCAAUACAAUGCUUGGGCGAUUGUGUGAUGCACACAAUCUUCAUAUUUAGUUUAUCCUUUUGGGAUUUGUUUUUAAGGUAGUCUUUUGCUUUGCUGAACAAAAUGGGUUUGAUAUACAUGCACUUUUCUACAAAAUGUGCCAAAUCAUAUGUUCUGAAUUGAUCGUCGUUCAUCUUCUCAAUAAAUGAUAAAGA